AUGACAAGAUCCCGAGAAAUAUUUCACGUCGAUCAAUCAGAUUUGGAAAAUAGUAAAAAAGGAAUGUUUAUAACUAAAAAACAAGGUUUUGUUUUUUUAAUUUUUUUCGUCAUCGGUAGCAUUUUCGCGGCGUGGCUCUCACAUUAUUUCACAUCGAAAUCAUUAUUAAAUAACGAAAACGUUUUAGAAAAAAAAUUAAACGAUUGCCUAUUGGAAUUAAAAGAAAAAGAUGACGAUUUUUUCGACGAUGAGGAAAUCGUCAAAAUCAAAUUAGAAAAUCUUAGAUUGCCAAAAUCCGUCGUACCUGAUUUGUACGAUGUUAAAUUAAUACCAUUUCUAUCGGAAAAUAAUUUUACAUUUAAUGGUGAAAUCAAAAUUUUAAUAAACGUGACAGAAAAUACGAAUAAUGUCACGCUUCACGUUAACGAUAUAGAAAUAUAUACGGAUAGUAUAGCAUUGGAAGAUGCGAAAAGUGGUCAAAAUGUAUCCGUCUUACGUGUCACUAACGAUACAGAAAGACAAUUUUUUAUAAUAUAUACAAAUUUGGAAAAAGAUCAUCAGUAUAAUGUUAAAAUGAAUUAUGUUGGUCAUUUAAACGAUCGACUUAAAGGUUUUUACAGGAGUUCUUAUGACGUCAACGGUACGAAAAGAUGGAUAGCCACGACUCAAUUUCAAGCAACCGAUGCGAGAAGAGCAUUUCCAUGUUUUGACGAACCGGAAAUGAAAGCUAAAUUUAAAAUAAACAUCGGGAGACCGAAAAAUAUGUCAUCGAUAUCAAACAUGCCGUUGAAUAAAACAGGAGAACCAGUACAGGGUUUAGAAGAUUACGUUUGGGACGAAUUUGAAGAAUCGUUACCCAUGUCAACCUAUCUCGUGGCAUUUGUCGUUUCUGAUUUUGCCAACAUUACAAAUUUUAACGACACCGUUUUUUCAGUUUGGACGAGAAAUUCGGCCAUUAAACAAGCAGAAUACGGUUUGGAAAUAGGGCCGAAAAUAUUAAAAUAUUUUGAAACGUAUUUUGGAAUUAAAUUUCCUUUGCCUAAAGUCGACAUGGCGGCUCUACCGGAUUUUGCCGCGGGUGCAAUGGAAAAUUGGGGUCUUAUCACGUACAGAGAGACUGCAGUUCUUUACGAUCCGAAAGUAUCAACGAGUAGCAACAAACAAAGAGUGGCUGUCGUCAUAUCUCACGAAUUAGCUCAUCAAUGGUUUGGUAAUUUAGUGACUCCGACUUGGUGGACGGAUUUGUGGCUCAACGAAGGAUUUGCUAGUUACGUCGAAUAUUUAGGGGUUGAAGCGGUGGAACCAUCUUGGAAAUUAAUGGAACAAUUUGUCGUACAAGAAAUUCAAUCCGUGUUUGCUUUGGAUGCAUUAAAAACAUCUCAUCAAAUAUCUGUCACCGUUCACAAUCCGGAUGAAAUAAGUGAAAUAUUCGAUAAAAUUUCAUACGAAAAGGGAGCGUCGCUCAUUCGAAUGAUGGAUCAUUUUUUAACAACGGAAGUUUUUAAAAAAGGAUUAACAAAAUACUUAAACCGUCACAAAUAUUCAAACGCAGAACAAGAUGAUUUAUGGACAGCAUUAACGGAACAAGCACACGAAAAUUCAGUUUUGGACAAAAACACAACCGUUAAAAUGAUCAUGGACACGUGGACCCUACAAACCGGAUAUCCUGUCGUAACCGUCAAAAGAAAUUACGAUAAAAAAAAUGCCCAAGUCACUCAAGAAAGAUUUUUACUUUUCAAAUCAUCAAAAUCGAUUCGGGAUCAACCGGAAAAGGAAGAACAAGAUUCAUCACUUUGGUGGAUUCCAUUAACAUUUACAAAUCCGACAGAAUUAAAUUUUAAUUCAACGAAACCGAUUCAAUGGUUGAAAAAGGAAAAACUAAUAACUCUUGAUAAUUUUCCAAACGAAAACGAUUGGAUUCUCUUCAACAUACAAGAAACGGGUUUUUAUAGAGUGAAUUACGAUGAGAAAAAUUGGAAAUUAUUAAUUGAUUACAUGAACGAUGUUAAUUUAUAUGAAAAUAUUGGAAUAAUCAAUAGAGCACAAUUAAUUGAUGACGCAUUAAAUUUAGCACAAGCUGGACUAUUAAAUUAUCAAACAGCCAUGAAUGUGACUCGUUAUUUAUCUAACGAAUUAGAAUAUUUACCGUGGAAAUCGGCAUUGAGAGCAUUUUCUUAUCUAGAUAAUAUGUUGAUCAAAACUCCCGGUUAUGAUAAAUUUAAGGCAUACAAUUUAAAAAUAUUAAAAAAAUUAUACGAUUCUGUCGGAUUUGAAAGUGGAGUAAAUGAUAGUUAUUUGACGAUACAAAAAAGGAUAAAUACUUUGGUAUGGGCGUGCGGUCUUCAACACGAACAUUGCGUUAAUAAUUCGGUGGAACAAUUUAAAAAGUGGAAAAAUGCACCCGAUCCUGAUAAAGAAAAUCCGAUAUCACCAGAUUUAAAAAAUGUCGUUUAUUGUACGGCUUUGGAAGUUGGAAACGAAGCCGAUUGGAAUUUUGCAUGGGAAAGAUUUUUAAAAACAAAUGUCGCGCACGAAAGAGAUUUACUUUUGGAUGCGUUCGGUUGUAGUCGUGACGUGUCCAUAUUGAGCAGAGUCCUGGACAGAGCAUUCACGGAAAAUAGCGGUAUAAGAAAACAAGAUGUCGCAAGAUUAGUUAACAGCGUAUCGAAAAAUCCAGUCGGACAAGUUUUAACAUUCGAAUUAUUAACGCAACAAUGGGAAAAAUUAAAUAAUUAUUUGGGAAUAUCGUUCUUAGGCGGUAGUUUAGUAUCGAGCGUGACGAAAAAUAUAAAUUCGGAAUCCCAAUUGAAACAAUUAAAAACAUUUUCUAGAAAACAUUCGAAAGAACUCGGACCAACGAAAAGAGCAUUAAAACAAUCCAUGGAACAAGCAGACGCCAAUAUAAAAUGGAUGAAACAAAAUUACGAUACGUUAAUUAAUUGGUUUACCGAUGCCAUAAGUUAA